AUGACAGAUACCCCGGGAGACCAAACAGAGUUUGAGGUCGAGGACAUUGCCGUGCCUGCCCUGCGACAGGUUACUUUAGAGGAUGUGGAUGAGGCAGAGGUUGAAAAUGCAGGCGUGGAGGCCGAGCCUGAGGUUGUGGCAGACGACCAGGAAGAGGUCGACAGCGAUGGGUUCGAGGAGGAUGAUUUUGGUGAUUUCGACGAUUACGAGGAAUUCGACGAGCCGGAAGCGUCUCCGGCGGCUCCUGAAGCUAGCGAGCCUGAGGUUUCAUCGAUUCCGCUACCGCUUUCUUCAUAUAAAGAUGUCGCGAACCCAGGCGACCGUCUAAAAGAGUUCUUCAAAGUCCAACAAAAGUUCGUGUACGGAACCAAAGACCACCUUACCCCCACGAGCCAAAUGCUGUGGGAGCAGUUGAUGGCCAAUCCUCAAGCCAUGCUGAUUGAAUGGUCCAAGUCUGCCGUGCAUCGCCGGCUGGCUGUAGCUUUAGGUGCGCCUCUUGACUUGGAUCAAUCACUGCCCAAAGCUGAGACACGUCAAAUGGUGCUGCCAGACAAAAACAAAACGUCGGGGCUGCCCGACAGCUCACGGUUACCCCAUUGGCGUCUUCUGACGCUGGUGAGCGAGCAGGCCGUGCAGGGCAUGAGCGAUGAAGAGCUUAAUGAACACAUCAACACGCUCAAGGCGACGGUCGAGGCAGCCGAGCUGCUUCAGCAGGAGUUUGAGAGCGUGGAAAUGGGACUAAACGGAGAAAAAGAGGUGCUGGAAGGAAUGGUCGAGAGUUUACUGGUCUAUGCGCAAAAGAGCCAACGCACCAAGCUGCAAAAGCGCCACUAA